AUGGCAGCCCCCCUCCCAAAGCGGACGCUUAGCGAUGACGACAAGUAUGCCUUGAUGGUUUCGAAUGUUCAAGAAGUUAUCCGAGGCGACAUCAUCCGUGACAUCCUGCCCGUCGGACCGUUGAAGAUCUACUGGGGCACCGCCACUACUGGCCGGCCCCACGCUGCCUGUUUCCUUCCUGUUAUCAAGAUUGCCCAGUUCCUGCAGGCCGGCUGCCAGGUCAAGAUCCUGCUCGCAGAUCUUCACGGCUUCCUCGAUGCCGACAAUGCACCCGAAGGAGUCCUCGAAAACAGGGCCCAGUACUCCGUAGCUUCGUACCAGCUGUCACCCGCAUUCUCCCGCGACCUCUUGCGGCCGAGUAAGAAGGUAUCAGUGCACGAUGCCGUCAGGGCCAGCAGCGAGAUCGUCAAGAGCAUGGGCGAGCUAGUCAUGGCUGACGGCAUCUACCCCAUGAUGCAACUUCUGGACGAGCAGUACCUCGACAUCGACGCCGAAGCACACCUGAUGAAUCCCAUGGUGCCGGGUCUCGCCGGUGGCAAGAUGAGCAGCUCGGACAUCAAGUCCAAGAUCGAUCUCCGAGACGAUGCCGAGACGAUCCGCAAGAAGGUCGCAAAGGCCCACUGCAACCCCCGCGCCACCGAGGGUAACGGCAUCUUGGCCUUCAUUCAGCACGCCCUCCUCCCACACUCGGAGCUGCUCUCUGCAGACGGAAAAGCAUCGAUUGAAGUGGCCCUGAAGGACCAGACUGAGGCCACCACUUUUCAUUCCUUUCCCAAGGUCGUAGCUGUCUACGAGUCCGACUCCCUAGCCCCGCAGCUGGCCAAGAAAAUUGUUCAGGACGGCCUUGCCAAGCUUACCGAGUCUAUCAGGCGCGGUUUCGACGCGGACCAGGAAUGGCAGGAAAUUGCGCGGCCCGCCUACCCUGAUACGCCAAACAAGGACACGAAGAAGCCGAUCAAGGAAAAGCCGAAGAAGAAGAGUGGUGUUAUUGUUCCUGUGGUAGACAUGUAAAGAUGUACGGAAUAAGCGUGUGACAUUUUCGCAGAUCACGAUACGCUUCUAAUAACACUAGGAAAAGGUUUAACGUAGGGGGGAAUAAAAAAGAAACUCAUUGUUGGAAUGACAAGGUCAUUCGCGCAUUAGUCACUAUAGUAACUGCCACGAAGGGUGGGGGUGGGG